AUGGUGCCACCAUCACCAUCACCAUCCCUGUCCCCAUCCCUGUCCCCAUUGGUGCCACCAUCACUGUCCUUGUCCUCAUCCCUGUCACCAUCAUUGUCACCAUUGGUGCCACCAUCAUCGUCCUCAUCCCUGUCCCCAUCGGUGCCACCAUCAGUGCCACUGUCCUUGUCACCAUCCCUGUCACCACCAGUGUCCCCAAUGGUGCCACCAUCACCAUCACCAUCCCUGUCCCCACCAGUGCCACCAUCCUUGUCCCCAUCGGUGCCACCAUCGCUGUCCUUGUCCUCAUCCCUGUCACCAUCAUUGUCACCAUCGGUGCCACCACCAGUGUCCCCGUCACCAUCGCUGGUCACCAUCGGUGCCACCAUCGCCGUCACCAUCCCUGUCCCCAUCAAUGUCACCAUCCUCGUCCCUGUCCCCACUGGUGCCACCAUCGCUGUCCCUGUCACCAUCCUUGUCACCACCAGUGUCCCCAAUUGUGCCACCAUCACCAUCCCUGUCCUCAUCCCUGUCCCCACCAGCGCCACCACCAUCGUCCCCGUCACCAUCGUUGUGCCACCGUCCUUGUCCUCGUCCCUGUCACCAUCGUUGGUCACCAUCGGUGCCACCAUCAUCGUCCUCGUCCCUGUCCCCACCAGUGCCACCACCAUCAUCCCCGUCACCAUCGUUCGUCCCCAUUG